AUGAGCUCGACGGUAGACAUCACCUCGUCAUUUAUUGAAUGCGCGCCUCCCGGCGAACUACAAGAUGUCAUCAAAGACAUCAAGGCCCUUGCCUCGGACGACGACCCAACCCUGAUUGCGAAGCUGAAGCCUGCGUUCGAGAAGUACAAUGAAGAGCAGAUGGUGGCGACGAAACUUCCUGGGGCGAGCGAUUAUGUCCUAAUAUCCUCCUACAACAGACUCUCCUCGGGCCAAUACUACGACACGCAGUCCUCGACCUCUUUCUCCUUCGACCACACAACCUCAAAGGCCUCGGCACCGCAGUCCUACACGCACGACACAAAACACAGCGACCUCGUCUCGUCGAUCCUGAAGCACCUCUCCGCACACUUUGCAGAACACUACCCUCCCACGUCCUCGCCCUCGGCUUACACCGUAUGCGCGGCGCCCGACGACUCGCAGGUGGCUGUGCUGAUAUCAUCGCUGAAAGCGUCGCCCAAGAACUUCCUCAGCGGCCGCUGGAGGACCGCGCUUCUCUACAACCCCUCGGCGAACACGCUGUCCGGCAGCAUUAGGGUGAAUGUGCACUACUACGAAGACGGCAACGUCGCGCUGUCGACGAAGAAAGACUUUUCCAACGUGGCCGUCGAUGGCGGCAGCGGUGGUGAUAGUGUCGUGAGGAAAAUCGCCGCCAUCGAGAAACAGUACCAGGAGGAGGUAAAUAGGACGAUCGUGGGCAUGAAUGAGACGAGCUUCAAGGCCCUGAGGCGGCAGCUGCCCGUCACGAGGCAGAAGGUCGAGUGGGAGAAGAUUAGGGGUUAUGGGCUUGGUGGAGAUCUGAGGGGAGAGGGUAAGCGGUAG